UUAAAAUAUUUACUCUCUCAAGAAACGACGCCGUUUCAACAAUCUAAUUUGCGAAAGGCAAAAGUUUUGUUAUGGACUACAAAGCGACGCUGCAAUGAUUUGAGAAGACACCCGAAACGAAACAGGGAAAAUGGUGCACAACGCCUAUGAUUCCUUCGAGCUCCUCAAUGAUUGUCCUACUAAAAUCGACGCCAUCGAAUCCUACGGCUCGAAGCUCCUCCUCGGCUGCUCCGAUGGCUCCCUUCGAAUCUACGGUCCAGAUUCCUCUGGUGCCGACCGGUCUCCGCCGUCCGAUCAGCACGCGCUGCGAAAGGAGCCCUACGCUCUGGAGAAAACCGUUGCAGGGUUUUCAAAGAAAGCUCUCCUUUCAAUGCAAGUGUUGCAAUCGAGAGAGCUACUCUUAUCUCUCUCUGAGUCGAUCGCUUUUCAUCGGCUCCCGAACUUGGAAACCAUUGCUGUGAUCACCAAAGCUAAAGGCGCUAAUGUCUAUUCUUGGGACGACCGUCGAGGCUUCCUCUGCUUUGCUAGGCAAAAGAGAGUCUGUAUUUUCAGGCACGAUGGAGGGCGAGGGUUUGUGGAGGUGAAAGAUUUUGGUGUACCAGAUACAGUGAAGUCAAUGUCAUGGUGUGGUGAGAACAUAUGUCUAGGUAUUAGAAAGGAGUACAUGAUAUUAAAUGCCACGAAUGGUGCAUUGUCGGAGGUGUUUUCUUCCGGGAAGAUAGCACCACCUUUGGUUGUUGCUCUUCCCUCUGGGGAACUUAUACUUGGGAAGGAAAAUAUUGGCGUCUUUGUGGAUCAAAAUGGAAAGCUUCUUCAAGCUGAUAGGAUUUGCUGGUCGGAAGCUCCUAUUGUUGUUGUCAUCGAGAAGCCAUAUGCAAUAGCUCUGUUUGCAAGACGUGUUGAGAUUCGCUCUCUUCGAGUUCCAUAUCCAUUGAUACAGACGAUUGUCCUCCAAAAUGCUCGUCAUCUUAUAAAAAGUAACAAUGCUGUAGUUGUAGCAUUAAACAAUUCUGUUUAUGGGCUCUUCCCUGUUCCUCUUGGUGCACAGAUUGUCCAAUUAACUGCAUCUGGAAAUUUUGAGGAAGCAUUGGCCUUGUGCAAGCUGCUUCCUCCAGAAGAUGCAAGCCUUAGAGCUGCGAAGGAGGGGUCAAUUCAUAUAAGAUAUGCUCAUUAUCUUUUUGACAAUGCGUGCUAUGAGGAGGCAAUGGAGCACUUUUUGGCAUCUCAAGUAGAUAUUACCUAUGUGCUUUCUUUGUAUCCGUCCAUUGUUCUUCCCAAAACAACUGCAAUUCCAGAGCCCGAGAAGUUAAUGGACCUUUCUCUGGAUGCUUCACAACUUUCAAGAGGAUCAUCUGGUCUGUCAGAUGAUCUGGAAACCUUGCUUCCACAACUAUCAGAAUCUGACGAGAAUGCAGCACUUGAGUUCAAGAAAAUGAGCCACAAUACUCUCAUGGCUCUCAUUAAGUUCCUACAGAAGAAGAGAUACAGUAUUGUAGAGAAGGCUGCUGCUGAGGGAACAGAAGAGGUAGUUUUAGAUGCUGUUGGAGAUAAUUUUAGUUCGACUAGGUUUAAGAAGUCAAACAAGGGGCGUGGUACCAUUCCGGUUAACUCAGCUGCUAGGGAGAUGGCAGCAAUACUAGAUACAGCCCUCCUCCAAGCUCUGCUUCUUACUGGACAAUCUUCAGCAGCUUUGGAAUUGCUGAAAGGUCUUAAUUACUGUGAUGUAAAAAUAUGUGAGGAGAUUCUUCAAAAAGGGAAUCAUUAUGCUGCUUUGUUAGAACUUUAUAGAAGUAACUCAAUGCACCGUGAAGCUCUGAUACUUCUAAAUCGAUUAGUAGAAGAGUCAAAAUCAAACCAAUUGCAAGCUGAGCUCAUCCAAAAGUUCAGUCCUGAGGCAAUUAUUGAAUAUCUGAAGCCUCUUUGUGGCACCGAUCCCAUGCUUGUCCUUGAGUUCUCAAUGCUUGUUCUUGAAAGCUGUCCAACACAAACCAUUGAGCUUUUUUUGUCUGGAAAUAUUCCAGCAGACUUGGUCAACUCUUAUCUGAAGCAACAUGCUCCAAACAUGCAAACCAGGUACUUGGAACUUAUGCUUGCGAUGAAUGAAAAUGGGAUCUCAGGGAACCUGCAAAAUGAAAUGGUACAAAUCUAUCUCGCAGAAGUACUUGAAUGGUAUUCAGAACUAAGUGCUCAACAGAUAUGGGAUGAGAAGGCUUAUUCUCCAACUAGGAAGAAAUUAUUGUCUGCAUUGGAAAGCAUCUCAGGAUACAAUCCAGAGGCUUUGUUGAGACGUCUUCCUCCAGAUGCUUUAUUCGAAGAGCGUGCUAUUUUGUUAGGAAAAAUGAACCAACAUGAGCUUGCAUUAUCACUAUAUGUUCAUAAGCUUCAUGUACCUGAACUGGCCCUGGCCUAUUGUGAUCGGGUUUACGAGUCUGUGGUUCAUCAACCAUUGGUUAAAUCUUCUAGUAAUAUAUACCUCACUCUUUUACAAAUCUAUCUGAAUCCUCAAAGAACAACCAAGAACUUUGAAAAGAGAAUUACAAAUUUGGUAUCAUCCCCAAAUGCAAGCAUCCCAAAGUUUGGUUCAGCGGCUUCAAUUAAAGCUAAAGGAGGACGUAAGAAAAUUGCCGCAAUAGAAGGUGCAGAGGAUAUGCGUAUUAGUCCCAGUAACACCGAUAGUGGUAGGAGCGACGGUGAUGCUGAAGAAUCUAGUGAGGAAGGAAGUUCUACUAUUAUGCUUGAUCAGGUAUUUGAUCUUUUGAGCCGAAGGUGGGAUAGAAUCAAUGGAGCUCAGGCACUCAAACUCUUACCGAGGGAGACUAAACUACAGAACUUGCUUCCAUUUCUGGGACCUCUUUUGAAAAAAUCCAGUGAAGCAUACAGGAACUUCUCUGUUAUCAAGAGCUUGAGGCAGAGUGAGAACCUACAGGUGAAAGAUGAACUCUACAACCAAAGAAAAGCUGUGUUGAAGAUCUCUAGUGAUAGUUUGUGCUCUCUCUGCAACAAGAAAAUAGGAACAAGCGUAUUUGCUGUCUAUCCAAACGGGAAAACGCUGGUGCACUUUGUUUGCUUUAGAGAUUCGCAAAGUAUGAAAGCAGUAGCCAAAGGCUCACCGCUAAAGAAGCGAUGAGGACAAGCAGUGCUUUUCACAUAAUUCGGGGCCAGCAAUACAGCAGUGGAAGUUGAAAUGGGCUUCAAUGGCGACACUGCAACGCGAAUGGGAGUAUGUCCGAUAUUUGAUUGAGAAUCACCCUAUAUUGUUUUGUGGAUUUGUGUGAGUGUGGAAUCUGGGAGACUCUUCUCUUUCUUUAUUGUAGUAACUCCUCAUUCUGGGUUACUCCGGAUUUAUCAAAACGAGUCUUGUAACUUUUGCUGUAAAAAAAAAAAAAUUAAUGUAUCGCAUUUGUGUAAAAAUGGUGGGCAUUAGAUUUCACGGCGGAAGUGCUUUAUCUUGGUCGUA